AUGGCAUCUCUGCGAGAACUUUUAAAGAAAGUUUAUUUCAUCGUUAUUAUUCACAAUAAAUUCGUUUCCUGCAUUCCGAUCUUUAGUGAAAAUGUAUCUGAGGACCCGUACGCUAUCCAGCAGAGUCUUGGAAUUGAUAUUUCAGCGACUUCGACUCAUUUUGAUCGUCCGUUCACGCAGUAUGAAUCGGAUGUGUAUGAAGUAAUGAGAAGUCAAGAUUCUGAUCCUGCACGAAUGACCGCGGAUGACACCUUUAAUCAAGAAUCCGCUCGGGAAGCCAUCCGUUUUCUAAGGCCGCAGUUUGGAAACUUCGGAAGGCGUUUGUACUUCAACCUAUCUUCAAUUCCUACAAAAGUUAACAUCACCUAUGCAGAGGUGGUUUUCACUUCUCCCCAUUCAUCUGCACAGAUUGUCGGGAUAACGGUACAGAACCAUGGCUCUUUAACAGUGUUACAUGGUAACCCCACGUCCUCGGGAUAUAAGAUUGACGUCAGUGAUAUACUCCACAAUGAAACGAUAAAUACUCAAUCAGAUUUGGUGGUAAACGUACAACUCCAACAUCAACAGGACUCCUACUUCCGGUUUCAUGAUCGUAGGGUCCAACGUCUCCAGCCAGUGCUUGCGGUAUUUGAAAAUAUUGAUUCAGAGCCAUUCAUGAGAACAAACAAUAAUUCACGUGCUCGAAGAUCAAGCGAAACUGACAUAAACCGUAGCUCAGAUACACCCACGCAAUCUGGACCCUGCCACCUUCAACCCUGGAUUAUCAAUUUCUCUGGGAUUGGAUUAAAAAGUGUCUUGUACCCUGUCACCUACGAAGCAAACAUCUGCAUUGGCAGCUGUGAUUCCAUGAGGAAUUAUGCUACUGAUACAAAUUUCACACAUCAUGCAUACUUCAAGAAUUUGUACCAUUUCGUGACGAAUUACACAAUGACAGAUUCCGUGCCGAGCACCUGUUGUGUUCCUAUUACAUACAGACCUCUCAGUGUAAUCUAUAGGGAAAGCAUGGGCGAUACAUACGUCAUGGAACGGUUAGACAAUAUGCAGGUGACGUCAUGUGGUUGCCGGUGA